GGGCUCCGGGCGCCGGGCUCCGGGCUGGAGGGGGCUAGCGAGGGACUGAGAGCAGGGUCCGGAGCGGCCGCGAAGGCGGGUUCCCAGGGCAACCGCUGCCCGCCCGCCGCCGCCCCGCGCGCCCUCGCCCGGCUCGCCGCCAGCGCACCCAGCGGGGCGCGUCUCCUGCCCCCGGCUUUCGGCCCCGCACACCUCCGCCCUCCCAGCGGCCCCGCCGCUCUGGAAACAAGAACUUGAGGGCAAGAAUCUGGCUUCCCUUUAGGUUAAGAAAAAAAAGCAUUAAAAAAAAAAAAAUCCCCGGACUGGAGAGGUUGCGGGCGCUGCACGGAGUUUGGAGACGGGCGCCCCCUCCUCUCCCGCGUCCAGGAGCAAAGUUGCAGCCGCCCCUCCCCGCCCGGGCGAGCCGAGCCCAGCUCUCCAGUUUCGCCCUGGUGGCGGCUGCGCUCGGGGCAGGGUCCCAGCUCCGGCCGGGUGGAACGGUUCCCGCAGCCUUGGCACGAGCUCGGCAGCCCGCUCGCCGGCCCCGUGACUCGGGAGGGCGAGCGGCUUCCCGGAGGCGGCGGCGGCGCGGCUGGAGCGAGCGAGCAACCGGAGGACCAGCAGGCAGCGGCCGAGCCAGGUAUUUGAUCCUGAUGACCUUUAUGCAGGGGUCAAUUUCUCCAAGGUUCUGAGCACUCUCUUAGCUGUCAACAAAGCCACAGAAGAUCAGCUCUCAGAAAGGCCAUGUGGACGUUCCUCUUCUCUUAGCGCUGCUAAUAGUUCUCAGACAAACCCACAGGGAGCAGUUUCUAGCACAGCUCCAGGGCUGCAAAGGCAGUCAAAGCCAGUGGAGAUGACGGAAAAUGGCAGUCACCAGUUGAUAGUAAAAGCGAGAUUCAACUUUAAGCAGACUAAUGAAGAUGAACUGUCUGUCUGUAAAGGGGACAUCAUUUAUGUCACUAGAGUUGAAGAAGGAGGCUGGUGGGAAGGCACAUUAAAUGGGAGAACAGGCUGGUUCCCUAGUAAUUAUGUCCGAGAAAUUAAAUCCAGUGAGAGACCUCUCUCUCCCAAGGCUGUCAAAGGAUUCGAAACUACUCCACUUACCAAGAAUUAUUAUACUGUGGUGUUACAGAAUAUCUUGGACACUGAAAAAGAUUAUGCUAAAGAACUUCAGUCUCUCCUUGUUACUUACUUAAGACCUCUGCAGUCCAAUAACAAUCUGAGUACUGUGGAGUUUACAUCUUUAUUGGGAAACUUCGAGGAAGUAUGCACGUUUCAGCAGACACUCUGCCAAACCUUGGAAGAAUGUUCAAAGUUUCCAGAAAACCAACACAAAGUAGGUGGUUGUCUACUGAACCUCAUGCCUCAUUUUAAAUCUAUGUACCUGGCUUACUGUGCAAAUCAUCCUUCAGCUGUAAAUGUACUCACCAAGCACAGUGAUGAUCUGGAACGAUUUAUGGAAAAUCAAGGUGCAUCCAGCCCAGGUAUCCUCAUUUUAACAACAAGUCUCAGCAAACCUUUCAUGCGACUGGAAAAGUAUGUUACUCUCUUGCAAGAGUUGGAACGGCAUAUGGAGGAUACGCAUCCAGAUCACCAGGAUAUUCUGAAAGCAAUCAUAGCAUUCAAAACUCUCAUGGGGCAGUGCCAAGAUCUCAGAAAGAGAAAACAGCUGGAGUUGCAGAUACUUUCGGAACCUAUUCAGGCGUGGGAAGGGGAGGAUAUUAAAACCUUGGGAAAUGUGAUCUUUAUGUCACAAGUAAUGGUGCAGUAUGGAACAUGUGAGGAAAAAGAGGAGCGGUACCUCAUGUUAUUUUCGAGUGUCCUGAUAAUGUUAUCUGCAAGUCCUCGGAUGAGUGGCUUUAUCUAUCAGGGAAAAAUACCAAUAGCAGGAAUGGUGGUGACUAGAUUAGAUGAAAUUGAAGGGAAUGACUACACAUUUGAAAUCACAGGUAACAUGGUAGAGAGAUAUGCGGUCCACUGUGGCAACAACCAGGACUUCCAGGAUUGGCUGGAGCAUCUGUACAGGCUGACCCGAGGACCUGCCUCUUGCAGUUCGUUAUCCAAAACAUCAUCGUCAUCUUGUAGUGCUCAUUCCUCUUUUAGCUCUACCGGACAGCCCCGAGGACCCUUGGAGCCUCCUCCAAUUAUAAAACCGUGGAGCUUAAGUUGUCUACGACCUGCGCCUCCACUUAGACCAUCAGCAGCACUAGGUUAUAAAGAGAGGAUGUCUUAUAUCUUAAAGGAAUCUAGUAAAAGCCCCAAAACGAUGAAGAAGUUUCUUCAUAAAAGAAAGACCGAAAGAAAGCCAUCGGAGGAGGAAUAUGUCAUCCGGAAAAGUACAGCUGCUCUGGAAGAGGACGCUCAGAUUCUGAAAGUGAUUGAAGCCUACUGUACCAGCGCCAACUUUCAACAAGGCCAUGGCUCAAGUGCUCGCAAAGAUUCCGUUCCCCAAGUCUUACUCCCCGAGGAAGAGAAACUCAUCAUUGAAGAAACCAGAAGCAACGGCCAGACCAUCAUUGAAGAAAAGAGCCUUGUCGAUACUGUUUAUGCCUUGAAGGAUGAGGUCAAAGAGCUGAAACAGGAGAAUAAAAGAAUGAAGCAGUGCCUGGAAGAAGAGUUGAAAUCAAGAAGGGACCUAGAAAAGCUGGUCCGGAGGCUGUUGAAGCAAACUGAUGAGUGUAUUCGGGCCGAGUCCAGUAGCAAGAGCUCCAUUCUCCCAUAACUAUCACAGUCUGGCUGGCGGAGGGUGCCUGCGGGGUGUCGGGAAAUGUCCAGCUGAGUGAUCUGACUCAGUAUGCUCACUUCUGUGGUUUUUAUUUGGUACCUUAGUCUCUCUCUCUCUCUCUCUCUCUCUCUGUGUUUGGUUCAAUGUUUGUUGUUGUUUGGUUAUUGGUUGGUUGUUUAUUUUUUUGGACAGGGGUAAAAACAAGAGCAGGUGGUAGAAGUCUCCCCAGAGUCUUUUCCAUUCAGUAAGCAAAGGGGAGCUAAUGUAGGCAAAGGACUUACAUGGUCUUCAGAUGGCCUUCAAUUCAUAGUGCCUCUUUACUAGCCAUUAUCCUCGGGUCACUCUGGUUGGGCUGGCUGCUGUCCCAAAGUGGCUGGCCAUGGCUUAUUAAAUGUGAACUUGACUUUUCCUCCAAUGCUUUCCUGUACCUGGCAGCCCCUCAGUACCUGAUUUACUGAAGGCAACACUUCUGGAACUCUGACUGGUGAUCAGCUGCCCAGUGAUCCAGCUGACCUUCCCUGGAUCAUCCUCAAUGCACACUUUUUUAAAAUGACUACCCUAUGUCAUCUAUAAGACCAAGAAAACUGUAGUGCCCUUCCUCCUUUUGUGUUGGUUUACAUUUUAACUCUGUGGGGCAGAAGCUCUGGUCACCCAUGCCAACACCAAAUCCAUUAGCAGAUUGCACUGGACAGUCCCCCCUUCAGUAGCAGAGUUGCCUAUCUCUUGCCAGUGCAUGAUAGGUUUUGUCCCUAGCCUUCUGCCUUGUGUAUAAGUUUUCUAUUUCCCCAGGACUUUUAGCCAACCAUACCAAGUGGUGUGUCAACUGGUAUGUGUGUGCUUUGCUUUUUAAAAAUAUAGGCUGUGAGCAGUUACUUUUAUCUACAUGGCAUAUUCAAACUGCGACUUCUCAUCCUUCAGUCUACACUUGAGGAGAUGUUGCGCCCUAGCAGACAGCUUUAAUUCCCUUAACUGCUCUCCCAUAUAUGCUGUGAGAAGCUGUUAUAGUCCUCAGCCUCUUCGAGUAGGACUCUAAGCAUUAUUUGCAGAAAUGUGCUGUUGGUCCAGCUUGUAUAGCUGGAAAGAAAGGGCCCCUCUAGUAGCUGUGUGCUGGUUACUAGUGAAGCUGAUUAUUUGGAACUGCUUUACUCAAGUUGCUCGUCAAAUCAAACCCUCGCCUUUUUAAGUAUCUGAGAAAUCAAAACUGUGAUAAACCAGGUUUAGAAGAGGGUCACAGAAGGGCAGCACACAUCCAAAUUUAGUGCACUUGAAAGUUGGCCUGGGGCUGUAGGACAGAGCAGUGCCACCUGCCCCGGUCUCUGCCAAAGACAGGAAAUUUGGCCAGGUGAAGGAGAUCGCUGGAAAGAGAGGCCAAGGACCAAUGGACUGAUCAAAGUUGUCGCCCAGAUGCAUUUCAUGGGUUCCUGUAAAUGUGGGUUUUGCAAAUGUUUAGAAACCAAACUUGAAGCUUGAACUCCCCAGCUUGUUAAGCCCUUUUCCUUUCUAGUACAGGGUGGGCCUCAAUUCCCACAGCAAUGGUACGGGGCUGUUGACUGCUUGCUGCACGGCAGAAAUUAUACCAUCCACGGGAAAUGGACUAUUCCUGCAGACCAAUCUCAGCCAACCACACACAGCUGUCUUUGGAAGCUGAAGACAGAAGAAGAUUGCUAGGAAUGGCUGUUGUUCUGUGUUUAUCCUGACAGUUUAGAGAUGCCAUCCUUCACCUCCAAAUGAAAAACAAUAACAACAAUACGAAUCGUAGCAUCUGCCCUGUCUAUGGUUAGUCAAUGGCUUGCAAUAAAUGUGGAAACUAUACCCACAGGAAACAUUUUUGUGAUUACAAAAUACUUUAGUUGAUAAGGUAUAUAGGAUUGCUUAAAAUAUUGAAAGGUCUUUAUUUUACAGUGAUGUGUCCAUGUGCGUGUUUUGGGGACGUGGCCCUUCUGAUGAGAGGCCCUGGGUACUCUGGGUAAUGUAGCUUGUGCAGAGAGGUGUCCGCGCUCUCACUCAACAAUCCUAUAUAGGAAAUGAAGCCAUGUUAACCUGACAGCAGUGUCUCCAUAGUUGUGUUGUUUACAAUACUCUAUAAACGGGUCCCUGUUACCCUGUAGUUAAACUGUUGCCCGUCGAGGCCUUUCAGUUCCUCUUCUGUCGUGUCCCUUCUUACACAGCUCAAAUUUUCUAACUUGUUUUUAUUUUGAAGACUUUUAAAAUGGACAUUUUCAAUAAAUAAGAAUAACAAUGCUUUAUAAAAUAAGUCCUGUGUUUCUUCUUCUUUUUCUUUUUCUUUUCUUUCUUUUUUUUUUCUUUUUGCUAGCUAGUGUGCAGAAAGAUUUCUUAUGCUGUGUCAGCUUCCUCUCCUGUUUCCCUCAUUAGCUCUCCACACUCAUCAGGCCCCUGAACCAGCUUCUACAUUUUUCACUCAGGGCAGAUGCUAUUUGUUCCCCACUUUACAGAGAUAAUAUGUCUCUUGAGAGAGAACCUUCCGUAACUUCUCCACCCCUCUCCUCCGGGCCCCAAACUGUAAACUGCCUGUACCCCUUCUCACCAUUUUCCUUCCAAUAUAAGAGAAAGAGAUGGUCACUUUCUUGUUCAAGCUUGUCCCUUGAUCUUUAGUCUUGUUUCCGUCCCUCUUUAUAUUUUGCAGGAUUUUGUCAAUUUUGCUCUGGUUUGACCACAGUUGGAAUGCUGGUGUCAGUGGUCAUAUUAUCUGUUGCUACUCAACAUCCAUUCCUCCCCCUCCCCCACCCCAAGGCUAAAAAAGUACCUGUCUCAGGCUCCCUUGCAGCUAGGGUUCUGGGUACAGUGUGGGUUCUGAAGCAUUUUCAGUUCUGCCAAUGAAAUGCCUUUGUGCAACGUUUGAAAGCCUUCAGUUAGGCAGAGGCUAUCUUCCUGGGGCUUGGUGGCUGGCAGGGGGUUCCAAGGAUAUGUCGGUGGCUUCUGCACUACAUUCUGUACCCACAGCUUUGUAGGUGACAGACUGUAGUGGAAGCAGCAUCUUCUGAAACUGGAUUUGCAUUACAACUACCGUGUACUGUGACCUUGAAGCCGUAGUCAGUGGAAGCCCCCUGACUUCCACUUCUAUAGACAUCAAUUCGAUAGGCACCUGAUAUUAUCUUCCUGCUUGAGAUCACUUCAGCGUACGAAGCUGAAGCAAGAGCUGUAACAUGGCGCCUCCAAUGUGCUAGGCUCUGCACUGUUUUACCUGGUUAUCCCCAUCUUACAAGUAAACAAAGUAUAGUGGUUGAACAAUAUGCUAGUAUGUGUGGAGCAGGGAUUUGAAACCCUGGUCUGUCUGCCUCUCAAAUUCAUGCUCUUUCUACCGCUUCUCCUCCUCUGCACUUGGUAUUUGCCAAGUAGGCUUCUGCCUCGGCCAUCUACUCUCAUGAAGUCACUGAUGAGCUCUUAUUGACAGAUCCAGGGAGCGCUUUUCAGUACCCGUCUUGACCUCUCUGGGGUAUCUGACCGUUGCCUCCUUGAUAAAUCUCUCCUUCCUUGACUUUCGUGAUCCCAACUUUUGCCGUUCAUUCAGCCUUUCUGACCACCCCUCAGUCUCCUUUGCGGGACCUGUCUCCUGCCUGCUCCCUGAAUGUUGCUGAUCCUUGACGCUCUUUUCCUCUUUUCUUCCUUUCUAUAGCCUCUUCCUGGACAACCUUGUCUAUUCCUAUAACUUCAUUCAUCAAAGUGCAGAUGACUCCCUUGUCCAUAUUCUUCCAUCCUGACCUUUCUCCUGAGCUCCAGACCUGUGGAUGCAGCUACCUUGUGCAUCUCAGCUUGGAUGUCCUACAGCACCUCAAAUUCAGCAUGUCCCAAACUGGACUCCUCAUUCAGAGUCCUAGACCUGCUCUUCUAAUGUUUCUUAUCCCCGUACACAGCACCCUUGGCCACUUAGUUGCCCGAACCAGAAAAACAAGCAUUAUCCUUCAUUCCUUCCUCUCCCUCAACCCCGUGUAAAUUUAUACAUUAACCCUUUAUACAUCUAGUCAUCAAGUCUUAGCAUUUUUAACUCUGUUGUAGCCCCUGACUUUCUCCCCAUCAUCCAUUGCCUAUUUUUGGCAUUUGUCAUCUCUCCCUCGGAAUAAUGCUUCUCUUUGCCUCUUGUAGUCUAGCCCAGUGGUCCCCAACCUUUUUGGCACCAAGGACUGGUUUCAUGAAAGACAGUUUUUCCACAGAUGGGGUUGGGGGUGGGGUUGGGAUGGUUCAGGCGGUAAUGUGAAUGAUGGGUAGUGGCAGAUGAAGUUUCACUCACUCACCCACCGCUUACCUCCUGCUGUGUGGCCUGGGGUUGGGGACCCCUGGUCUAGCCUUUUUGGUGCCAAUAGUCUGGCGUCUCUGGUGUCAGUAGAAUGAUUAUCUAAAGAUCUAUGUCAUUCACCUGUUUAAAAAUUUAAUCUCUUGCUACUCCCCACCACGCUCAGUAAAGUUUGAUCUCCUUGAAUUUCUCUUAAGUCCCAUAAUAUGCCAUUUGUCCUGCCUAGAAUCCCUUUCCCAUCCCUGUCCAUCAAGCAAAUUCUUCCCUUUCUAUUUAGAGUCAGCUCAAGUAUCUAUGUGAACUCAUGAUUUCUAAAACACAUGUACAUAUGUGUCUCUGCAUGUGUAUGUGUACAUUUAUAUGAAUGUAGUAUGUAUGUUUGUAUGUAUUGGGUUGGCCAAAAAGUGCAUUCGGGAUUUUCUGUAAGAUGUUAAAGUGCAUUCGGGUUUUUCUGUAAGAUUAGGAUUGCCAGAUAAAAUGCAAGACGCCCAGCUAAAUUGGAAUUUCAGCUGUACAUCAAUUAAAGUUUUGGUA